CCCCAACAAGAUUCAUCAUUUUUGCAAUGUGAUUGUGGAGGGAUUUAACUUGGACUUGUUGUAAAUUUAAUAUAUUUCCUUAAAUAUUUUCGUAUAUCCCGUUUUGAAUUACUAAUUUUUCUAUAUUAAUCAAUCGUAACUUAAGAACGUAGAUUAGCAUCGUCAAACCACGUUUUCUAUCGUAGUAAUAGUAAUACAUUUAUACCAAGAUGUCGGUAAUACUCUUACGAUUUUGACAAGAAAAUGUUUGUAUAAAAAUAAAAUGCUUUUGUGAAAUUGAUAUGAGCUUAUGAUUGUUUAAAUGUGUAAAUAAUAUAGUUAGAAAUCCACCAAUAUGAGUCAACUCGCCGAAGAAAAUUUACAGAAUAUCAAUUGCAGUCAGAAAAAUGCAAGUAUGAAAAAUAAAAGUAAAAAGGCCAAAGAUCCUCCGAAAACGAAUGAUGAAAAAAAAAUGUGGAAUGAGGACAAAUUAAGUGAAGCAUUAGUUAAUACUCUUCAUAUUAACAAUCUUAAUAGUAACUUAACUAAUGGCACAAGUGACCAUUCUAAAGAUAGUGUCAAUGUUUUAAAUGUAGAAUCUAUAAUAGCACAAGACGCGGCACCUAGUGAAGUCAAGAUGAAUGUAAAUAGUGUACAGUGUAGUGAUGUCGUGAAAAGUAGACAACAUCACGAUAAUGUCUCCUUAAACAAGGUCAGGUGUAGUGGGAUAGAUGAAAUAGAAAACUUUGAAAAAUCGUCAUCUCCCCAAGAAGAUUCUGAAAAAAUUGAAAUAAUAUCAUAUGAAUCUGAAUUACAAAUGCCAGAAAUUAUGAGACUUAUACAGAAGGAUUUGUCAGAACCUUAUUCUAUCUACACAUAUAGAUAUUUUAUUCAUAACUGGCCUAAACUUUGCUUCUUGGCUAGUCACGAAGGAAAAUGUAUUGGUGCCAUUGUUUGUAAGUUAGAUAUGCAUCGAAAUAAUGUCAAAAGAGGAUACAUAGCAAUGCUGGCAGUAGAUGAGAAAUAUAGGAAAAAGAAGAUAGGUUCUAAAUUAGUACAGAAAGCAAUAAGGGCAAUGAUAGAUGACAAUGCAGAUGAAGUUGUUUUAGAAACAGAAAUCACAAAUAAACCAGCGCUAAAACUUUAUGAGAACUUAGGCUUUGUGAGAGACAAACGCUUAUUUCGAUACUAUCUAAAUGGAGUAGAUGCACUGCGGUUGAAGUUAUGGCUAAGGUGAAAAAAGUAGGUAACAAAUGAGAGAUUCUCAAUGUUGUGCUCUGGUGUCAUCACGGUCUCAGGCAUAUAUUAUAUUAAAAAUCCUACUGUUGUUAAACUGAUAAUAUAUCAUAAGCCUGCCAUGUGGAUUUUAGCCAAAUGUAUAGUUUGUUUAAAUUUUUUUUUAUCAUGUGAUAUGUGUUAUUUUAUCUAAUUUAUGAGUUAAAUUUGUUAAUGAGAAUGUUUACUACUAUUUCUUUUAAAAUCUCAAUAACUAAAUUGUUGAUAUCCUAUCUUGAAAUACACAACUUUGAAGAACAA